AUUAACGAUAAACAUGGCAAAAUAAUAAUAUAUUUUCAGGGAGAAAUUGCUGACAUCGACGAGGACUCCUCAGAUGAGAAAGAGAAUAUUGCAGACGGUGAGGAUUCUCCCACGGUUAAGACCGAAGGAAAGAAGGAUAAGACGGAUCAGGAUAUCGAGGAUGAGUAUGGACUGAAUGAGUAUGACGAUGAGGAGGAUGGGAUUGACUCUAAGAAACUGUUUGGACUGGGAGAUCUGACGGUAUUUGCAGAUCCUGGAGAGGAUCCUUACCUUGACCAGGAGCAACCAGAUGAGGACGAGGAGGAUGUGGAGGAUUUUAAAAUCAGAGGAACAGAUAACCUCAUCUUGGCCGGACAUGUUGAGGGAGACUCCGCUACCCUAGAGGUCUAUGUAUACAAUGAUGUCGAGGAUGCUCUGUAUGUUCAUCAUGAUCUUCUCCUUCCUUCACUACCCUUGGCUUUAGAAUGGUUAUCCUUUGAUCCUGAAUCUGACACUAAAGGAAGCUUGGUUGCGGUUGGAUCUAUGCAGCCUGAGAUCCAGGUCUGGGAUCUAGAUAUAGUAGAUUGUCUUGAACCCGCCUUCACCCUGGGUAGGAAGGCAAAGAAGAAGAAGAAUAUCCCCGGGGUUGGGCACACUGAUGCAGUUCUUGCUCUAGCCUGGAAUCAGGGAGCUGAGCAUAUACUUGCCAGUGGUUCCGUUGAUCAAACAGUUCUACUCUGGGAUCUUGGACAAAAAUCAGUUGCUUCUACUCUCAAAUAUCACAAAGAGAAGGUUCAGAGUUUAGCUUGGCAUCCGUUUGAUCCUCAGACGUUAGCUACCGGGUGCUGUGAUAAAAAGGUUCGAGUGGCGGACUGUAGAACUCAAGAUAGUUACAAGAAGUGGAAAGUAACGGGAGAAGUGGAGCGAGUAAUCUGGGAUCAUUUUAAUCCGUUCCAGUGUAUAGCGUGUACAGAUGCCGGUACUAUACAUUGUAUAGAUGUCAGAACUGAAACUGCCACUUGGACUCUUUCUGCACACACUGAGGAUGUUACUGGUAUAUCUCUUUCAACCCAAUGUCCUGGUUGCUUGGUUUCCGUCUCAGCGGAUAAAAGUAUGAAAGUCUGGGAUAUUCGGGGAAAUAAACCAGAAUUUAUUAUGGAACGACAGAUGAAUCUUGGUCUCAUUCAGGAAAUGGAAACUGAGAGUGCAGCAGAUGUUUUACAAACUUUAUCCCUUGAACCCGCGGUAGAAACAAGUCUAAAACCCUCCGGUGGAGCUGCUAGCAAAUUUAAGAAGAAAGACAAGAAGAAAAAGAAAAAGAAUUUUUAAACCUUUUUUUGCACUAUUUUUUUACCACAAAUUUAUUUUUGAAUUAUUUCAGAUGAG